AUGGCGCCCGGGACCGCAGCAUGCGAGAUUGAGAAAGUGAGUUCACAUUUUGAUGUUGAAGAAGAAUUGCCUUCAAAAAGGUUUUUAAACCAAACGUUUGUGUUUGUUGGAAGGGAAUCCGCUGAAAAUUACGCAGUGUGUGAAGAAGAAUUCGAUGAUUAUUUCAAUCUUACUUGGACGUACAAACUUGAUUCAGAUGUAGUGUGGCCGUAUUUUACAGUUUUUAAUAAAAAAGGCGAAGAAAUCGCUCCCAGUCUUGAUGUUAAUUGGACAGCAAAAGUCAAACCUAUAUCAGCGAAAAUUGGAAAAGCUAUUGUUAAUGUUAAAAAAUAUCCAGCCGUUUGGAUGGUAUCUAAUUGUUACACCCAAAGCAGAAGAGAAACUUAUUUCAACGAGUUAAAGGUGGCUUUACAAUGGUACGGAUUCGAGAUCCAUGUAAUAGGCUCUUGUGGUACAAGACAAUGUCCCUUUGAAAGAGAUAAGGAAUGCAUUAAAAAACUAAAACAAUAUUAUUUUUAUUUGGCAUUAGAAAACUCAAUCUCUGAAGAUUAUGUGACAGAGAAGGUUAUGAAAGCAUUAUUGCAUUAUACAGUUCCAGUUGUGUUUGGAGGCGCUAAUUAUUCCAGGUUCCUUCCCCCUGACUCCUACAUCAACGGUCGAGACCUAGGCCCAAAGAAGACAGCAGAAAAAAUGGCAAAGCUCAUCAUCAACCAAACAGAAUACCUUCACUACUUCAGUUGGCAAAACCACUAUAUCAUCAGGAACAAGACUGACACCGUCUGCAAAUUGUGCGAAGCGUUGUACAAAGGCGUCGGCAAAGUUCAUAACAAUUUCAGAAAAUGGUGGAAUCCCCAUUACAAGAAGAAAUGCGAAGCACAAGAAGCAGCUUCUAGAAAAAACGGGGAAAUACCCAGAGUACCUUGGAACAAGAUAGAGAAGUUCAGUAACUACGUUAAUUCUGACAUACAAGUUAAAAAACUCGCUUCUCCGUGA